GUUUGGGAAUCUCGCAUCGGAAUUUAAGAGGAAGGGGCUUCACCGCACCUACGAUGGUGGAGGGCGGCCCCAGAGAGCUCUGGCUGCCCUUGGAAAGCUUGGUGGUAAGAUGGGGUGGAGUGACUCGUGGGCGUGGGGACACGCCCCCAGCAACCGGCCGCAGCCCUCCAGCCGCUCCCCAGCUUCCUAUCUUGAACCAACCCCUCGCUCCGGUCUCUGGGCAAAUUCUGCAUAAAGCCGGUGGACGAAACGUGGAGGAACUGAAGGCCGACAGACCCGGAAUGGAAGGAAAACAGGAGAUGCCAGGAACUGCCCGGGAGUGAUGAGGGGAGAAGAGUGCCGGGGUCACCGAAGGAAGCGAGAUCGGGAGGGUGAUCAGACAGCAGCGGCCCCGCGGGGGUCUCAUGGCUCCCGAGCCCUCUUCAGUCCAGCCCGGGUAAACACAGACGCCCUGCCAGGACGGAGCAGCUGCCGGACACGGCCCUCGGCGUCGCUCCAAGCAGACCGCCGCCGCUAAGCCCCUCCUUUCGAGAAACUCUGGAGCCGCCCCUGGAAGUGGUGGGGCGGCGGGCCGGAGGAGCGACGCUCAGCGAUGGAGCUCAGCGGCCCGGGCGCGGAAGCCGGCGUGGAAGGCGCGGCGGGCGACCCGUACCAGAGACCCGCGCGGCGCACGCAGUGGCUGCUGAGCGCCCUGGCGCACCACUAUGGGCUGGACCGCGGCGUAGAGAAUGAGAUCGUGGUGCUGGCCACCGGCCUGGACCAGUAUCUGCAGGAGGUUUUUCACCACCUGGACUGUCGCGGCGCCGGCCGCCUGCCUCGUGCCGACUUCCGUGCGCUGUGCGCCGUGCUGGGGCUGCGGGCUGACGGAGCCUCUGCCACCGAGGAGGCCGCCGUGGAUACGCCCGUCGAAGACACGAACUCCAGGGAUGUGAUCGCCCAGGACGCGGCCGCUGGGGUGGACACCGACGAUGACGCGGAGGAAGAGGCACGCCUGGCACUGCGCGCCGAGCCGCCCGAGCUCACCUUCCGCCAGUUCCACGCGCGCCUGUGCGGCUACUUUGGCACCUGCGCGGGGCCGCGUCUGCCCCGCGGUGCUCUCAGCGAGCACAUCGAGACACAGAUCCGCCUGCGCCGCCCGCGCCGCCGCCGUCGCGCUCCCCGCACGCCCAGCCCCGACAGCGGUCAGGAUAGCGAGCGCCUGGCCAGGUUGGAGGAGGAAAACAGCAGUCUGCGCGAGCUGGUGGAGGACCUGAGGGCCGCGCUGCAGAGCAGUGACGCGCGCUGCCUUGCGCUGCAGGUCGGCCUCUGGAAAAGCCAGGCGGGCUCCCAGGAGGCGGCGCGCAGCGGGCCCGAAGCGGCGGCGCGGGAACUGCGGCAGGCGAGGGGCGCGCUGGCGGCGGCCCAGGCCCACGCUGUGCGGCUUCGCAGGGGCCAGGCCGAAGUGCGGAGGCGAGCGGAGGAGGCCCGGCAGGCUGUCCUGCGCAGCCUAGGGCGCGUGCGCGAGCUGGAGGCGCUGGCGCGGCAGGUUCCCGGUCUGCAGCGCUGGGUGCGGAGGCUGGAGGGUGAGCUGCGGCGCUACAGGUCAGAGGGCACACAGCUCCCAACCUCAGCACCAGCCAGCCCAGAGCCAGAAUCCAGGAGUAGUGAACCUGAGGAUGGAGGGACCAGAGGCCCAGAACUCCCACCAGAGGGAGCCUGGGGGUCAGAUGGCAGCUCUGGAAGCAGAGCCCUGGACCAAGCCCGUGCUUCUCCAGCAGUGGACGAGCAGCUGUUCCGCUCGGUGGAGGGCCAGGCUGCCUCUGACGAGGAGGACAACGACAAGAAGUGGUGGGAGGAGCAGCAGCCAGCAGCCGAGAUCCAGACCCUGCUGGCUCGCCUUUCCAGCAGCGGGAGUGGCUGUGAUGACCAGACGGCCAAGAAACUCCUAACUUACUGCAGCCACUUCAGCAGUGCCGACCAUGCCCGUGCCCUGGGGGAGCUGGAAGCCCGUGUCGCCAUGCUGGUGGAGCAGUUGGGGACCCAAGGCUGCAGUGGGAAGACCCUAGGAACACCUGGGGAGGAGGCAGAGCUGCAACAGAAGGUGGACGAGAAUGAGCACCUGAGGCUGGAGCUGCAGAUGGUGGAGGCAGAGAGAGUGCGGCUGUCUCUGCUGGAGGAGAAGCUGGUGGACGUGCUACAGCUCCUGCAGAGGCUCCGGGACCUGGCAGCAGAAUUUCAGCAGUGCCAGCCUGUGCCCAGUGAAAUCAAGAGGACCAAGGCUGGCUCCUGCCUCAAAGGGCCUCACAGGCUGACAGGGAGACUGUCAGGUGAUGAGCCUGUGCUCACUAGCCUCACAGGCACUACCGGGCAGGGCUCAGAGGGAACAUCUGGGCCCUGGCCAUCCUGGAUGCCUUGCACCAAGCUCUGGCUGGCUGUGAGCUCUUGCAGAAAGAACCAUCGGUGCCAGCCUCUGCAGGUCCUGCACUCACCAACUCCCUUCUCAUUUCCUGCUGAGGUCGCUGGCCCAGCCUGUGGACACCCUGGUCAGCCUGGCCACCAUCAGACCAGCCUCUAGGAUCAUAUUCUCAGAACCCUGGAGGCACUAGCUCCUUCUAAGACUGGCCCAAGCUCAGAACCCAGUAGCCAUCCCUUCUUGGGCUUCUCCCAGAGUCCCUUGCAACUCUUGCAUUCCUGCUGCCAGGGUCCCUGUUGCCGUGUGGUUGCUGGAUCAGCCCAGACCUGCUGCUGCAUCCCCAGCCCUCAGAGCAGAAGUGCCCACUUUCCUGCCUGGCCCAGCCCAGCAUCCCUUCCCUGGGUUCUCAGGAUCUGUCCCAGAACUGUCCCCUUCUUCCCCACAGCAUGACUGCUUUAGGGACUAGGGAAACUACCCACAGCCCUGGAAGUACUGAAGGCCAUGCAGGACUGGGGGAACUCCAAGGGGGUAGUGAGUGAUCACAGCAGGCUUCCUGGUGGAGCUGACCUCAACCUAGCUUUAGAACAGGGGUUGGAUUUAGAUGGGCAGAGAGGAGGGAAGGAUAAUGUGAGGUAAGAGCAAGGGCAAAGUGUGGUGCUAGAAAAGGCCCCCACUAAUACAGAACCCAGAGCCCCCUUUCCUGAACACAUAGUGGGUACCAGGUCUCAUGGGGUCACAGGAAGGAGCAAGACAAGUUUCCCUGUCUCACCUUCCUUAAAAUCUUGCAGGAAAGAAAGAUACGUUGGCAGACAGUGCAGUGUGGGUAAACUCAGGGCUAAGCUAAGGUAGAAGAAAGGGUUACAAGAGGGCAGCUAGAGGGAUCUGUCUGAACCAGGGAGGGUGAGGCACUGUAGACACAGCAGGGCAAAGGCAGGCGCCUGGUGGGAAGAAGGGCAGGUUGUGGGGGCCUUGAUGGCCGAUGGAACCUAGGACUGAUCCCCAGGCAAUGGGGCCAUGGGAGGGUUCUGACCUGUGCAUGGAGGGUGGAUGGGAGGGAAGGAAACUGUGGGAGCAAGGGGUUGCCAGAGCCUGGAGCCAGAGCCAUGGGGACACAGAAGGGGGACUGUGGGGGAUGGAGACGGGAGAAACCCAGGACCAGCAGGAGCCAAAGGGCAGGCUCAAGGACAAUGGCUGACCUCGUAUCCAGCCAAAGGAAUCUACAUGUGUUAAGAUCCAUGGAACUGGAUGUUACUCUCCAAAAGUCAACUUCACUGGAUGCUAACAAACAAACCAAAGGGGCCAGAAGAGACACUGCUGAAGUAUCCAUUCUAGUCACCUAUAUUCUGCAGACAGCAGGCAGAGAGGAUCCCUGUAGAUUCCAACUACACUAAGCUUCAGCCUCAGGAGCUUCCUAAUAAAAAUCUCUUACAAUUGCCUGACAA